AUGUCCACCGUCAACAUCGUCAGAUACUAUUUCCACAAGCGAAAUGCACCGAAAGAUGCAGAUAGGAUGCGCAAACUUAUUGCCUUGGCAUACCAGACUGCACGAGACAAGAAACUCUAUCCCAAGGCAGUGCUAAUCCGCUCGGAAGUACAUCGCACGACAACCAUCAACGGCAUUCGUCAGGACGAUCCGCGAGGCUUACAUGUCACUCUCUGCUACAAGGAUCAAGAUCAGCUCAAUCGCGAUGUUCAUGUAGCGUGUCAUGGCUAUGUCACUGACGAGGUGAGCCUCGAGUUUACAGAGGCAACUCACGCUGGGGAAAAGCCGGACUCGACGAUGAAGAACAAGAAGGGAGCCGUUGUUUGGCCAGGCAUGGCAGAUCUUUGGGCCGCCCCAGAAAUUGGGUAUGGCCAUCUUCCCGGUGCAGACGGUUAA